AUGACUGAACGCACGCUCCCGGCCUUCGACGAGCUCCCGUCGUAUAAUGGUCUCCCGAGUUGCGCGUGGGAAGUUUGGGGAGCCGAGGACCGGCUGGGAACGGUCAACUUGUUGACGGACAGCGUGGUGCUGCGUGCAGCGGAAGAGGGGAUACGGACCGGGAAGCGAGUGACGCUCGAUCUCCCACUGCAAUUCUUUCCACGACCGCUGCACGGUCGUAUGCCUACCGAUCACCAUGCGUUCAACAAACCAUCCGGACGCAAAGAUGACGAGCUUCAUCUUAAUACGCAGGCGAGCUCACAAUGGGACGGCCUGUUGCACUUCUCGACGCGGAAGCGUGAAGAUGCCGACGCGUCAGUCUUAUACCAAGGAAUACCGGAGGCGUCUUUGCCCGUCGGCCCGCUUCCGCGACGCGUGGAAGACAUGCACCCUGGCUUGUUGAAGCUCGGGAUACACAACUGGGCAAAACAUGGGAUCUGCGGUCGUGGCGUACUUCUUGACAUGGUUCGCUUCUACGAGGCUAGAGAUGAAGGGAAACUUCCGUACACACCCUGCAACACUAGUGAAGCGAUCUCCGCGGUAGACCUGCGCGCGUGCGCGCAAGCGCAAGGCGUAAAGUUUCGUACGGGCGAUAUCUUGCUCGUACGUACUGGAUACCUAAGGGCAUACAAACGGGCCUCUGUCGAAGAGCGCGAGGCGCUCUGCAUUCAGUCGGCUAACUAUGUCGGACUGGAGGCAUCGGACGACGUUAAGCGGUUCCUUUGGGACACGCAUUUUGCUGCUAUCGCCAGUGAUACACCUUCGGUUGAGGUGAUUUCCGCCUCUACAUUACGGCACAUGAUUCCUCACGCAGAGGUUCCAUUACAGCAAAGGCCUACUCCGGAGGUCUAUCGGUCACUCCAUGAGACCUUGCUUCCUCUCUGGGGAAUGCCCAUCGGCGAAUUGUUCGAUCUAGACGCGGUCAGCGAGGUUUGCGCGGAGACCUCGCGAUGGACUUUCUUUUUCGCCUCUUGGCCGCUGAACGUAAUUGGAGGCGUGGCAAGUACGCCGAAUGCCGCGGCCAUUUUCUAG